AUGCAAGAUGCGCUUCCUUGCGACGAUGCCUCUGCAUUCACGAGCUGCGAACCCUGUUCAAUACUGAUGGGUGCGAAGGUCUGCUGUGAGCUUGCUGGCCCCCGCGACCCAGUGGAGGCGCCACUCGUGCAUGCUCGACCGGCAUCACCCUGGAGCAUGGCUCCUGCGGACUACAGCGACUACAGGGCCGAUCCCGCUCUGCCUGCAGGUGCCCUGCAGGUCCAGGCGCCCCCUCCCCACUGGGGUGGCACAAGAUGCAAGGGUGUAUUGCUGCGACAAGCAGAGGGCCAUCCUCAGGUUCGUCUUUUCUCAUCUCCCGUACCCGGGGCUGCUGUGCUGGGCACAGUUCCCAGCCCAAGCCACGCAGUGGAACUCGGAGUCAAUGGGCAAUUUGUACAGGUUCAAGUGGGUACGACGAUGGGCUGGGUCGGCGCGAAGAACGUGGUCCGAACACCAGGGGUCUCUCCCACAGCUUGGCAACCAGAGGCUCAGCCGUGGGCCCCGGCGCUACCGCUAAACCCAGUCGUGGCGCAGCCCCAGUCGCCCUACUCUGGCGCAAAGCCACCGUUGCCGCUCAAGGUUCCGGCUGCAUCUCCUCCGAGCAUGCUGAGUGCAUCAGUGUCGACCUCUUCAGCUGGCAGUGUUGGCUUCAGCCCUUCGUGGCAGCAGGCCUCUGCCAAGUCUGCAUCGUUGCCAUCCUACACUUCGCCGGCAGCAGGGCGACUGCAAGGGCCGGACUACGACUGGAUCCGAAAGGCGAACGGCCCCGGCGAGAGGCAAAUGAGGCGCAGCGCCGCGGAGGAGACAAUCGCCGCAUGUGACGCAGGUGGAUAUGUCUUAGACGGCCGGCAGUUCGACUUGGUUUCGGUUGCCGCGCUGCGCGCGAACACGCGCCUUGUCCGUGGAGCCCAUGCGAUGCAGAUGGGAGCUCCAAAAGCGCGGCUGCAGCGCCAUGCUCCAGGCUUCCUUCUUGACGUGGCAUGCGAGCUGACGUCUUGGGGUCGAAAGGUUGCCGUGGUCAACGCUGCAUCAGCCUACCAUGCAGGCGGCGGCUUCCUGACGGGAGGGCGCCACGCCCUUGAGGAGUCGCUCUGCAUGCGCUCUACCCUCUUCGCGUCCCUGCAGACUGCCUCUGCGCUGGCGAGGGCCGAGAAGGUCGCGCCACCCAAGAGCUGCAAUCCGUCAGUGACGCCUCAAAAUACGCCCUGGCUUUGCCACAUCCCGGAAGAAGGCUGCCUAGUCUCCCCGGAGGUGGAGGUUUUCCGUGGUGGCAGCGAUGUUGGCUACCCCUUCUUGCCCAAGGUGUCCAAAGUGACCGUCAUCAGCAUGGCAAUGCCGAACCGCAACAAGCAGGUGAGAGAUGCCCCAAUCGAUGCACCGGCGGAUCCUGGCAGCUACCGAGCUCUGGUACUGCAGAAGUUUGCUGCCGUUCUCGCAGCUGCCGGGAGCGCCCUGGGUCCUGAUGGUGCGCUGGUGAUUCCGGAUGUUGGCUGUGGAGCCUACGGCAAUGAUCCCGGUGAGGUCGGCAGACUCCUUGGCGAAGCCCUGAAGCGGCAGCCUGGGCUCUUCUCCGAGAUCCACCUUGUUGGCCAGAGCAGCUUCGCAGAUGCCGUAGUUAAUGUGAGCAACGGAUUGUGUUAG